UUGCAAGUGAAAUGGGACCGGCCGUAGUGGUACAAGUUUGAAGUCUGAAGGUCAAAUUCGCACGGAAAGAAAGACUGACUGACUCGCCUACCCACUCACCUGGUGCAUUGUUGUUGUCGCCUUCUCUUGGAUUCAACUAUGCGAAUCAUAUGCAUCAUCAGCCUGUUCUAUUCAGUUGAACUUGAACGCAUUAUUGCAGCAGCAUCAGAUUUAAAAUCAUAGAGAAAUGGCUGUGGUUACUUCUGCUCCUGGAAAGGUUUUGAUGACUGGGGGUUAUCUUGUUUUGGAGAGGCCUAAUGCUGGAAUUGUACUUAGUACAAAUGCUCGAUUUUAUGCAAUUGUGAAGCCACUUUACGAGGAAAUCAAACCUGAAAGUUGGGCAUGGGCAUGGGCAGAUGUGAAACUAACUUCCCCUCAAAUGGAAAGAGAAACUAUGUACAGAAUGUCACUUAAGCAUUUAACUCUCGAGUGUGUUUCUUCAAGUGCAUCGAGGAAUCCAUUUGUAGAAUAUGCAGCGCAAUACUCAACAGCAGCAGCAUAUUCUACAUUUGACAAAAAUAAGCAGGAUACAUUGCAAAAACUUCUUAUGCAAGGUCUUGACAUUACAAUAUUAGGUUGCAACGAAUUUUAUUCAUAUCGGAAUCAGAUUGAAGCACGUGGACUUCCAUUGACACCAGAAUCAUUGGCUUCCCUUCCACUCUUUGCUUCAAUUACCUUCAAUGCAGAAGAAUCCAGUGGACAAAACAGUAAGCCUGAAGUUGCAAAAACUGGCUUGGGAUCUUCAGCUGCCAUGACAACUGCAGUUGUUGCUGCUUUACUUCAUUACCUUGGAGUUGUCAACCUUUCCUCGGCUAAAGGUCAACUUGCAGAAGAUAAAGAUGCUAGGGAACUGGAUAUUGUGCAUGUGAUUUCUCAAACUGCUCACUGUAUUGCACAGGGUAAAGUUGGCAGUGGUUUUGAUGUUAGUUCUGCCGUUUACGGCAGUCAGCGGUAUGUUCGGUUUUCUUCGGAAGUGAUUUCGUCAGCUCAGGGAGGGAUGAUAAUGGAAGAGGCCAUCAACAAUGUCCUAAAAGCCAACUGGAAUCAUGAGAGAACUAAAUUUUCACUGCCUCCCAUGAUGACUCUUUUACUUGGUGAACCGGGGACUGGAGGGUCAUCAACGCCAUCAAUGGUUGGUGCUGUAAAGAAGUGGCAAAAAUCUGAUCCUGAAAAUUCUCUAGAAACAUGGAAGAAGUUGUCAGAAGCAAAUUCUGCACUUGAAAUGCACCUCAACACCUUAUGUAAAUUAGCAGAGAAAAUUAGUGAUGUUUAUACAAAUGUCAUCAAUAGCUGCAGCAAUCUUACCCCCGAGAAGUGGAAUGAGAGGGCCAGUGAGCCAAGCCAAGUAGAAGUUGUUAGAGCAUUGUUGGGAGCUAGAGAUGCGAUGCUUGUGAUCCGCUAUAGCAUGCGCAAGAUGGGAGAAGCUGCUGGAAUUCCUAUAGAGCCGGAAUCACAAACCCAGCUUCUGGACACCACGAUGAGCAUGGAAGGAGUUCUGUUGGCUGGUGUGCCUGGUGCAGGUGGAUUUGAUGCAGUCUUUGCUGUCACCCUUGGGGCUUCAAGCAACAAUGUGAUAAAAACAUGGAGUUCACUCAACGUUCUCGCCCUGCUAAUCAGAGAAGAUCCUCAUGGCGUAUGCUUAGAGAACAAUGACCCAAGAACAAUGGAAAUGACAUCUUCUGUUUGUUCAGCUCAGAUUCUUUGAAAUUAAGAAUCAUUGAUGAGGACAUCUACUUUUUAUUUAUUUUUAAUUGGACUUUAUUUAUAUUUUAGACUUUAUUUAUGUAAUUGGGCUUGUGUUGGCCCAAGUCCAUUCUACUUAGGAUUUUAGUCUUUACUAUUUAAACCUAAUUGCGAUGUAAUUUCAUUAGUUUUGAUGAAUUGAAGAAUAUUUUGGUGGUUUGUUGCCUAUGGCUUCUCCUUCCUCUCCCUUCCCCUCUCCCCCAUCAA